AUGAAAUAUCUUCUUAUAUCUACCCUAGUGAUGCUGUCAUAUUAAUGGUGGGAUGUAGGUCAUAUGAUGACUGCUUAAAUAGCAAAAAACCAUCUCAGAGAAAAUCGACCUGAUGUUUUGGCUUGGGCUGAUUCGUUAAUCCAAGACUUAAACCCACUUACAGAUGGAAAAUCUAAUACUUUUGCAGAGGCUGCAGUGUGGCUAGAUGAUGUCAAAGAAACUGGAACCAAUUUCAUGAAUGAUUGGCAUUACACAGAUCGUCCAAUGAAUCCAGACGGUCUCUAAAUUAAGAUAGAAGAUCAAGCCAGAAACAUUAAUUCCAUCUAUGCCAUCAACUCAGCCACCUCGGUAUUAACUAGUACAAAAACUGCCAAAUUCAGACACACAGUUUUCAAAGCUGAAAUGAUUAGAGUAUUGUUGCAUGUUAUUGGCGAUCUUCAUUAGCCACUUCAUGAUACUACUUUUUGGAAUGUCUCCUAUCCAACUGGAGAUUAAGGAGGAAAUCUCAUGAAAAUACAAGUAGCAUCAAUGCCUAUAUUUAUUAGAUUGAAAAUGGUACAUUUGUUAAUUUACAUUCAUUCUGGGAUGCCGGAGCAUUUGCCUUCGUUUCCAAUUCCACCUUUCUAUCUCGACCCUUAUCCUCAAAAGAUUAAGAGUAUCUGGACAAUUGGGCCAAGGACUUAAUCCGUUCAUACCCCUAUUCCAAUUAUAAAGAUUAUGACAUGACGUAAAUUCAAUUAAAAAUUACAUAGUAAUCCAUCAGUAUGGACUUAUGUUGGAUAUAGGUAGGCUUUACAGUUUGUGUAUCCAAUGAUCUAGUCAUCUAAUAACUUUAAUAAAAACUACGUUGAACAAGCAAAAUAAUUCUGUGAGAACAACCUUGCUGUCGGAGGUUAUAGAUUAGCGAAUAAAUUGAUUGAAAUCUUUGAUAUAAUACUAUUGAAUGAAUCCAAGGUCAAAUUUGAUCAAUGAC